AUGCCAGUUAGAGGAACUCUAAAACCAUUCAAUCGAAACCAAGUCACAGAAGUUCAACAAAUGCUGCAAAUCCAACCAUGCGAACCAAAGCAAGAAUCACAAAAUAUUAGGCCCAUCAGAGGAAAUUCACAGAUAGAAGAAACACAACGACAAGUAAACCCAAAACUUACAAAGAAGAAUCCCGAAGUAUUUAAGCCAGCACGAGUUACACCAGAUCAGGAAAUAUUUCAUAGUCAAACGAAGCAAGUAUCAGUACACCAAACACCGCAACAUGUCACGUCGUUCAAAGAAAACUUAAAAUCGUUCAAUCAGGACCAAGCCACAGAAUUUAAACGUAUGCUCCAAAUCCAAGCGUGCAAACCACAGCAAGAUUCAAGACCCAACAAGCAAAAUCCCAAAGUAUCUAUACAACAGCGAGUCACACCAAACCGUGAAAUAGUAUCAGUUGAAAUACAAGAACUACAAAACCAGUUAAAACCAAUAUUUAUCAAAGAAAAUCUCGAAGUAUCUAAACAACAGCAAGUCACCCCAAAUCAUCAAAUAUUACAAGUUCAAACACAGAAAGCACAACGACAGAAAGAACCAAGCGUAAUCAAAGCGCAAAAACAAAAGAUUCAACGGCACAAAGAUCCAAGUCCUAGCAAGAAAAAUUCACAGGUAGUUAAUCAACCAAAAAGAAUCAAUCCAACGAGGAAUCACCAUAUAACACAAGUUAAAAUUCAAGAUACACAAGGAUGCGUAGAACAACAGCAAGUUCAAGAUAUUGAAACACAACAAGGUCAACAAAAGGUUACAGUCAGCGAAAAUCAUAACAAACGAGUUCGAUUGACUCAAGAAACCCCAAGUCCGACACAAUCAUUGCAACAAGUUUCAAUUAAACACGAUAGUCAACGAAAGCAAGAGUCACAAGAAGAAAAAGAUGAUUCCACACGUCCGAAGGAUAAGAUAGACAAUCCUCUGAUACAAGUACAGGAACUAAGCCUAGGAAUUCCAAAACCAUUCAGCACCCAAAAACUGCAGAAGCCGAUGAAUAACUUAGAUGUACUCCAGCAGAAGGAUUAUGAUCUUGUUAGUACAGACCAAGACAAAUUCUUCAAAGUAUUCAAGAGCCCAAAGAAACGGCACAGGAAUUAUGCAUGCAGGUAG